GGGCCUCCCCAGUGCGCUGUUGUCCUAGGUGGCCGGGCCUGUGGGCGGCGGCGACGACCUGGACCCGGACCCAGUGGCCGGCUUCCUGAGCUGGUGCAGUCGCGUGGGGCUGGAGCUGAGUCCCAAGGUGGCGGUGAGCCGGCAGGGCACGGUGGCCGGCUACGGCAUGGUGGCCCGGGAGAGCGUGCAGCCCGGGGAGCUGCUGUUCGCGGUGCCGCGGGCCGCGCUCCUGUCGCAGCACACCUGCGCGAUCAGCGGCCUGCUGGAGCGAGAGCGAGACCAACUGCAGAGCCAGUCGGGCUGGGUGCCGCUGCUCCUGGCGCUGCUCCACGAGCUGCAGGCCCCGGCCUCACCCUGGAGGCCCUACUUUGCGCUCUGGCCGGAGCUGGGCCGCUUGGAGCACCCUAUGUUCUGGCCCGAGGAGCAGCGCCGGCGGCUGCUGCAGGGGACAGGGGUACCUGAGGCCGUGGAGAAGGAUCUGGCCAACAUCCGCAGCGAGUACUAUGCCAUCGUGCUGCCCUUCAUGGAAGCCCACCCCGACCUUUUCAGCCCCGGGGUCCGCUCCCUGGAACUCUACCACCAGCUCGUGGCUCUCGUGAUGGCCUAUAGCUUUCAGGAACCAUUGGAGGAAGAUGAAGAAAAGGAGCCAAACCCCCCUUUGAUGGUGCCUGCUGCAGACAUACUAAACCACUUAUGCAAGCACAAUGCCAAUCUAGAAUACUCUCCAGAUUGUCUUCGGAUGGUGGCUACUCAGCCCAUUCCUAAAGGCCAUGAGAUUUUCAACACUUACGGGCAAAUGGCUAACUGGCAGCUGAUUCAUAUGUAUGGUUUUGUUGAACCAUACCCUGACAACACGGAUGACACAGCUGACAUUCAGAUGGUGACAGUUCGUGAGGCAGCAUUACAGGGGACGAAAGUUGAAGCUGAAAGGCUCCUGCUGUAUGAACGCUGGGAUUACUUAUGCAAGUUGGAGAUGGUAGGGGAAGAGGGAGCCUUUGUGAUUGGGAGGGAAGAGGUGCUGACUGAAGAGGAAUUGACCACCACACUCAAGGUGUUGUGCAUGUCUGCCAAGGAGUUCAGAGAGUGCAGAGACCAGGAUGGACCGGGAGAUGAUACAAGGGAAGAGGACAGCCUGACCAUCACAAACAUCCCCAGGCUCAGAGGAUCAUGGAGAAAGCUGCUUCGGGACAGUGUUCUGUUGACCCUGCAAAACUAUGCCACAGAUUUAAAAACUGAGCAAGAUUUACUCAGUAAUAAGGAGAUCUACACCAAACUCAGCUGGAGGGAGCAACAGGCUUUACAGGUUCGAUAUGGUCAGAAGAUGAUCUUACACCAGCUGUUGGAACUGACAGCUUAAGCUAAGCGGGUUCCCUGAAGGAACAUCCAUCCACGAGAAGGACUUUAUUCUAAGCUGAUAGUCACUGAUGCUUGAAGAGGAGGAAAA